AUGUUCGACCGAAACUACAGAUUGGCAACAUGGCACGCCAAGGAGGCACUGGCGCUCGGACGUGCUGCUAAAUGGGACAACUUGCCCGGCGCCUUCGAGCCAGAAGAAGGUUGGGAUAAUAGGCUCAUUGCGAAGAUAGAGGAGGAUAAAGAUGUGUUGAAUAUGGCACUUGAUAUCCAGCGUAAAGAGCUGAUGCGGGACUCUGACGGCAACCAGUGGUUAACAAUCAAGUCCGAAGAGCAAGAGAGUGACGACGAAUAUGACAUGGAUGAUCCCCUUUGGGCCAAUGAUGAGUAUGCACGCGCUAGUGCUCACACAAUGGGCACAAUCCUGCGUUUGCCCACUGCGGCGCAUCCACAGUCAGUAUUAUCUCCCACCAACCAGAAUAGAACAAAUUACAGGUACGUCUUCAUAAACGACACUCUAACACAAAAUCAGAUCCAGCAUCUGGAAAAGUAUUUCAAUGCAGCCAUGCAAGCUUUUAAAGCGGAGGAUCAGUCUAAUGCGAAGUUGCGACAUCACUUGAGGCACCGUGUGGGUUUCUCAGAACAGGAUGAGAUAGAUCGAUACGAGGACAGAGAUUCAUUCUUCCGACCAGAAUACGUUGAGGUGGUUGAUCGACAACGUGUCGUACUGGAGGUCUUCGCGCUGCGGGCGAAGACAGGCGCAGCCGAGUGGCAGGUGCGGAUCGCGCGACUUGCAUACAUGCGAAUAAACAUCCCCAUACAAAGCCCGAGUCACACGAAGGGCAUGCAGGACCUGCUUUCAAGGUUUGUCGCUCCUUAUCAUCAGGUUCCAGUAUUCCGCGAUAACGUUGUAACAGAUUUUUCUCAACACACGAUGGACGAAACCAACGAGCUGCUCAAUAGACAGGAGCGGGAGUGCAGGAAAAAACUUGAGCAGUUGCGAAUCUCUCGCGAGAAGCAGCGCGCCCGACGGCGAGAAAAGGUGACGAUAGCUCUGGUCGGUUACACCAAUAGCGGGAAAACAGCGCUGCUCAACAGGCUUACGGGGGCCAAUAAGCGUGUGAGGGACUUGCUAUUCCAGACUACGGAUACCACUUGGAAGAGACUCAUUCUGCCUUCUGGAGCUAAGUGCCUCGUUGUAGAUGGCGUUGGAUUCAUCAGAGACUUGCCCCAUUUCCUGUUCGAUUCUUUUUAUGCAACGAUAGAGGAGUUGGUGGAUUCGGAUGUGAUCCUACACGUCCGCGAUAUGUCCAGUGAGACCACUGUCGAAGAGUAUGAUGCUGUUAUACAGUCACUUAAAGGUUGUGGCUUCACUGAUGAACAUAUCCGGAAUCGAAUAGUCGAAGUCUGGAAUAAAGUCGACAAGCUCAGUGAAGUUGAGCUACAUGCGGCUUUGGCCGCGCAACAUGAGGACACUGAGGCGAAAGAGCCAAUUCUUGUAUCAGCUGAGGAUGGCACCGGAAUUAAAGUACAGUACUGGGUCAUGCAUGUCGGUCACGAAAAGCACACUUUCGAUGAUCGUUACACUUUACUGACCGAUCUGUUGGAUGAGAUCGUAAAUGCUAGAUUGCGUACCAAGGUCAUCACCGUGGAUAUGCCUUGUGGAGACACUAACACGCGAAUGCAAUUCCUCAACGAAUAUGCGGAGGCCGUGUAA